GUGAACGACUUAAAAAGCCAGUUCCUCUUCAAGAGCAGACUGUUAGAGAUGCAAAGGGACGAUAUCAGCGUUUCCAUGGAGCAUUUACUGGUGGCUUCUCUGCUGGCUACUUUAACACUGUUGGCACAAAGGAAGGAUGGGCUCCCUCGACUUUUGUAUCAUCACGGCAGAAGAGAGCAGACAGAACUGUUCUUGGACCAGAAGACUUCAUGGAUGAAGAGGAUCUUAGUGAAUUUGGGAUAGCACCGAAAAGUAUUACAACCACAGAUGAUUUUGCAUCCAAAGCGAAAGACAGAAUAAAAGAGAAAGCAAGACAGAUUGCAGGAGUAGUUGCUGCCAUUCCAGGAACCACUGCAUUUGAUGAUUUGAUAGGCCCCUCAAAAAUAACAAUUGGGGUUGAACUAUUACGAAAAAUGGGCUGGAAAGAAGGACAAGGAAUUGGACCACGUGUCAAAAGAAAGCCACGCAGGCAGAAACCUGACCCUGCAGUGAAAAUAUAUGGUUGUGCGUUACCACCUGGACUCUCUGAGGAUUCCGAGGAUGAAGAGGAUGAAUACCAGCCAGAGAAUGUGACAUUUGCACCAAAAGAUAUAAUGCCUGUGGAUUUGACUCCAAAAGAGAAUAUCCAUGGACUUGGUUAUAAGGGAUUGGACCCCUCACAAGCUCUGUUUGGUGCCUCUGGAAGAGAACAUCUGAAUCUCUUCACAGGUGGUUCUGAAGAUACAAGCAAUUUAAUUGGUGAUCUGAGACACAGUAAAGGAAGAAAACUAGGUAUUACGGGUCAGGCUUUUGGUGUAGGAGCUUUAGAGGAGGAAGAUGAUGAUAUUUAUGCAAUCGAAACACUAUCAAAAUAUGAUACAGUUCUAAAAGAUGAGGAACCUGGAGAUGGCUUUUAUGGCUGGACAGCACCUAAGCAAUAUAAAGCAAAAAAAAGGUCAGAAAGAGAAGUUAAAUACAUAGGCAGAAUCCUAGAUGGUUUUUCGUUGGCAUCAAAAUCAUCAACUCCAAGCAAGAUAUAUCCACCACCUCCCCUGCCACGAAAUUACAGACCAGUCCACUACUUUCGACCUGUGGUAGCAGAUGGGAAUGAAAACUGCCAUUUACAGAAGGUAUUAGAGGAAUCAACUGGAAAACUUGAUAGCGAUAUGAGACAGCAAAGCAGGCAUGCUCUGAAUGCCUCCCAAAGGCGGGAACAACUAGGAGAGGCUGGUCUUAAAG